GCCCGCCUGGGAAGGGGAGCGCUCGGCGCCGGCGCACUUCCCCUCCCUCCCUGCUUGCCUGCCUGCCUGCACCCCCCCCCCUUCUGCAUUUCUCUCCAUUAGAACCGGCUGCACGAUGCGAUCGCUCGCAGCCAUCGCCGCCGCCGCCGCCCAUUAGAGACCCCCACGUUAGGGGGAGGGGGGAGCCAGGAAAGGGGAGGGAGGGGGAAAAAAAGAGGCAAGAAAUCCCGGAGGGCACAAUCCUGCACAGAUCCUGCAAAAGCCCAGGCAGCCCGUGGUCCCCGGUGCGAGGAGAAGAAGAGCUAGACGUCUACUGAUCUCCUUCAGAUUUUUCUCUCCCCCCCCUUUGCAACAGAUCUCCUGCCUGCGCUGUUUCCAGCACCCCCCCCCCUUUUGCCGGUGCCUGCAACCAGCCCCCCCCCCCCCCAGCUCGGAUCUCAUUUGGAUGCAUUGAUUUGCUGGGGCGCAAGAGACGCAGAGCUGGGAAGAAGGAGGGCGAGAAGGGCGAGGUGGGGUUUUUUUGGAGGGGGGAGACAUCCUCGACCUGUGUUUUCUUUUCCUGGGGCUUGAUUGAAAAAGAACAUCGCGGGGGGAGAUCUGCCUUUUUUUUCGCCCCUCGCUUUUCCGGGCUGGGAGUUCCUUUCCCCCCUCCGUCGACCCCGGCUUGGAGUGUGUGAGAAGAGGUGGGGGGGAAGAGCAGCGUCCACCGGCCAGGAUAAUUUCGGGGGGCCACCGGCGCCAUGGGAUGUACACUGAGCGCGGAGGAGCGGGCCGCCUUGGAACGGAGCAAAGCCAUCGAGAAGAACCUGAAGGAAGAUGGCAUCAGCGCGGCCAAAGACGUGAAGCUGCUCUUGCUAGGGGCUGGGGAGUCCGGGAAAAGCACCAUUGUGAAGCAGAUGAAGAUCAUCCAUGAAGAUGGCUUCUCUGGAGAAGAUGUGAAGCAGUACAAGCCUGUGGUCUAUAGCAACACCAUUCAGUCGCUGGCAGCCAUUGUUCGUGCGAUGGACACCCUGGGAAUCGAGUAUGGAGACAAAGAGAGAAGGGCUGAUGCGAAGAUGGUCUGUGAUGUCGUCAGUCGGAUGGAGGAUACCGAGCCCUUCUCCCCAGAGCUGCUCUCAGCAAUGAUGAGACUUUGGGCAGACUCUGGGAUCCAAGAAUGCUUCAACCGGUCCCGAGAAUAUCAACUCAAUGACUCUGCUCAGUACUACUUAGACAGCUUAGAUCGAAUUGGAGCUUCUGACUACCAGCCCACAGAGCAAGAUAUCCUUCGAACCAGGGUCAAAACAACCGGCAUUGUAGAAACCCAUUUCACGUUCAAAAACCUCCACUUCAGGCUGUUUGACGUCGGAGGUCAGAGGUCAGAACGUAAGAAAUGGAUCCAUUGUUUUGAGGAUGUCACAGCAAUUAUUUUCUGUGUUGCACUGAGUGGAUAUGACCAGGUGCUCCAUGAAGACGAAACCACGAACCGCAUGCAUGAGUCUCUAAUGCUCUUCGACUCCAUCUGUAACAACAAAUUCUUCAUCGAUACCUCCAUCAUUCUCUUCCUCAACAAGAAAGACCUGUUUGGUGAGAAGAUCAAGAAAUCACCUCUGACUAUCUGCUUCCCUGAAUACACAGGUCCCAACACAUACGAGGAUGCUGCAGCCUACAUCCAAGCACAAUUUGAGAGUAAAAACCGUUCGCCAAACAAGGAGAUUUACUGUCACAUGACUUGUGCGACGGACACGAACAACAUCCAGGUGGUAUUCGACGCCGUCACUGACAUCAUCAUUGCCAACAACCUUCGAGGCUGCGGCUUAUACUGACCUCCUUUCCCCUUCCCAUUCUGUAUAGCAAGCAACUUAUUUGGAAACAAUCACACCGAGAGGAAAAUAAAAUAAAAUAUUUGAAAAAAAAAGGCAAAAACAAAAUAUGAGUCUCUCACACACAUACACACACACAAACACACACACGAUAUUAAUGAAACAUGCAAGUUGGUAAAUAAAAAGGCAUAAUGAAAAAUUAUAUAUAUAUAUUUAUAUAUAUAUAUAUAUAUGAAAACACGUUUUUUUUUAGUUUGCCUCAAAGAGCUAUGGACAGAACUGAAGCCCCCCUGACAAGUUUCAGCCCUUCCUGCUGUCUAAAGUCACUUAAUGACAAAUAAUUAAAUUGAAAUGUUUGGCUUUCAGAACAUACCAAGGGAAAAAAAUGAUCCACCACUGAAUUUUUUAAACUCUCCACCAACAUAUGUGAAACAUAAGAAUUUUAAAAGAAGCAUCAACUUUCUUAAAAAAAAAGAAGAAGUGGUAUUGUUAUUUUUUUAAGAAUCCUUUGUGCAUAGGGUGCUUUUGGGAAUAGGGUAGGGGGGGAUCUUAUCUUUUUUCCCCCCUGAUUCCUGUGGAUUUUUUUCAAUGGUACCACCAUUUGUGAAAAUUUUCCAUCCAAGCUGUAGCUAGGUUGCAUCUUUUGCUAUGUCGGCUGGGCUUUCAGGACCUCUCGGUUCCGUUCAGCUCUUGCGUGCUUAAAACCCAUUCAAACGAAAAGUUGCUGGACAUGAAAAUUCAGAACAAGGGAUUUUCAUUUUCACCCCUUCCCCCCUAAAGAGAUUAUGGAGUGGUAUCUUUACUGAAUAUGUAAAAUAAAACUGUUUUGCAUCCCAAGUAAAAGGGCAGGAGCAAGGAUGUUUCUGUUUGUUCUUUCUUAAACCAGCACAGGAGACGGCACGAAAGAGAAGGCCUGACCGUUGCAACAGCGCCCCCUUGAGCCUAAGAGCUGGCAUUUGCCAGUAAAAAGUGUCAGUGCCAAGCUCUUUCCGAGAAACGUGGGGAGGAUGCUUCCCCUUUCACCACAAAAAUUGCACCUCAGUUCAAAUAUUUGGGUCUGGAGAUGUCCCCCUUUUGAAUGUGCUUGAUUUUGAGGUUUUCAUUUUCCUCCGAACAUGUGUGCCCAGAUCGUCCCCUCUGUCUGUCUGUCUGUCUGUCUAGCCAACUUUACAUGAACCUUUCUGGUAGCCUUCUCGUUGCUAAAUAGCAUGCCCCUUUAGGCCUUUGUAUAAAGAUACAGCCUUCCUUAUCGCCUCAGUGUAUGACGUCCUUAAUCACUGGAAUGCUGGCUGUGAAUUUCUGUAGGAUGCUUAAAACCUGGUUUUAGCCAAGGUUAGACUCUAAAUAAACAAAAAGGGAGAUGACGAAAGGUGGGGAGAUUGAAAGAUUUCCCCCACCUACAUACUUUCUGCAUUCAUUUUCUGCUUUAUUGACACACACACACACAUACACACACAUACACAAUAACAGCUUGCAACCAUUCUAAGAGAGGCUUUCUCCAUCCGAGUCAAUUGUGAGUGCAAGUUGUCAAAGGUGCAGGUAACACCUUGGUCUGAGCAGGAGAACAGGACCUCAGUAGAAACAAAAUGGCCACCUUUAGUUUUUACAAUCCUGACGGCCAUUACAAUUUGGGGCCCUGAAGACCCUUCCUGUAGGGUUUCUAGGUAUCCAGAAUCAGCUUAGAAAGUUGAAGGAUUAUUUGCCUUUGCUGAAUAUUCAGACCAACAUUCAUCCACGGGGAAUACAGAACAGGGGAAUUGUGGGACUCGGUCCUGCCUCUCCGCUUUCCCCUUCCCUCUUACAGGUGCUGUUUUUAGUCCAUGGGGUGGCAGAAGGGAGGUGAAAUUCUUCCAUUAUCCUUGCAUCCCACCCACCUUACCUAUAAGGGACAUUUGUUUAGAUAGGAAAACACGGUCAGUUCUGAGAUCUCAAUGGGCAACUUCAGUGGAUUUUUUUUCAUACUUCACUUGUUAUUAUACAAGUCAUAGCCCACUAGCAGAUCGACGUCUAAGAAUGUCCAGGGACAUUUUCCACCCAUAAGCCUCUUUGUGUAAAUGAUAACCAGGCAAUCCUGCCUUCAGAUUGAGCCAGGUGACCAGAAAGGGAUUCAUCCCCCACCCACCCCCAGCCAAUUUAAUUCAAUAAUGACUCAUUGUUCUAAAUAGUCUCAUUCACUCUCUGGAUUUGUUAUUUUUUAAAAAAUAAGCACAUCUGUCACUGGUCCCAAGUGGCCAACGUUUCCCAAAUUCCCUUGUUUUGGGUCUUUUGCUCUGAAAGACGCUGUGUACCACGUACCCGUUUCUGUUCCUUUUUCUUGCUUUCUUUGUUUCUCUGUCUCAUUUUUUAAGGAAAAUGGAUUAGUUUGGGUUGUAAAGCUUUUUUUUUGGUUCUGUUCUGAAUUUUUUUAAAAAAAAAAAUAUUUUCCACACUUCCCAGUGGAUUCUCCAUGUGGCUUCUUUUCCCCUUCCUCUUAUCCUUCCUUUUAGUGAAUGGUGUUUUCUCUCUCUCUUUCUCAUGUGAGAUGUUUGUGCUGCAAAAAGAAAAAAAAUCACAAAAAACAAGAAAAAAAGAAAACCAUCUUAAAAAAAGUUAAAACACACACAAAAAAAGCCCAAAAAAUUUUGAAAAGCAAAAGCAGAUGUAGUGUUUACAUUAUUUUAAAAGCCACAGUUUUCAUGACCAACCCUUUGUCAUAGUAAUCAGAUGUCUUCACCGUUUCACUUUUAAGGGGGUACCUCUGCUGGAGAAAGCCAGUGACAUCUGUUUCAAAUUUAAAGGGAAAAAAACAGAUUAAAGAGGAAAAACUAAAGAAUAUCUAUAUAUAGAUAUCUAAAAAGCUCCAGGUCUUUCUAAGCCUUUCUAUUACCAAUCAGUGAGAUUUCUGUGAUCUAUUAGACACUGCCAAUUUCUUUCUGACUAAUGGAAAAUUCAUGUGUAGCUUAAUAAAGAGAAUGUUUGUCUGUA